AAAAACGCAGCGUUACGCCGAAGCAAUAGACAAAAGAGUAUAUAGCUGAAUUUAGCUCCGGUUCUUCAUUUGAACUCCCGCAGACUUCUUCUAGACUGAGAGUCAGGUGACUUGAAGGCUCCUCUGUGCCCAGUUUUGUGACUUCUCAACUUCCUCUUUGUUUAUUUGCUAUGGCGGACGAGGAACCAGUUGAUCAAAAGAAGUACCUCGAAGAGUCUUGCAAGCCAAAGUGUGUCAAACCACUACUCGAGUAUCAGGCAUGUGUUAAGAGAAUCCAAGGUGAUGAAAGCGGGCACAAGCAUUGUACUGGGCAAUAUUUCGACUACUGGUCUUGUGUUGACAAAUGUGUUGCACCAAAGCUUUUCCCAAAACUGAAGUGAUGUGGAGAUUACGUUUGCCCUAAACUGACAUAGCAUGUCUUUACGUUUUUGAAUGGAUUAAAUGUUUCAGAAGAGUUUAUUUUGUUCCCUGAACUAGGAAUGGAUGUAUGACGCAGUUUUCAGAACAUGGGGACACAUAAGUUGUGAUCAAUAAAAAUGAAAAUAUCCUCUUUGUUGGUUUUGAUCGAUA